UGCUCUUUUCACUUACCUCUAUACUUUGAGGCUCUUACAGGCGUCUCAACGGUGCGUCCGCGAGCGCUAAGGGCGGCUGACAGGACCGAGCGGGACCACAUGUGCAAAGCGCAUGCGUCCAGCCCCAGGUGUGAUCAGCAGUGGAAAAGAUGCCAGCCCCAGCUGCCACAUAUGAAAGAAUAGUUUACAAAAAUCCCUCUGAGCACCACUACAUGAAAGUCCGCCUAGAAUUUCAAGAUCGUGGGGUUGAACUGAAUGUUGCACAAUUCAAGCAGCUGCUUAUUUCAGCCCUAAAGGACCUGUUUGGGGAGGUUGGUGCGGCCCUACCCCUGGACAUUCUGACCUACGAAGAGAAGACCUUGUCAGCCAUCUUGAGAAUAUGUAGCAGUGGUCUUGUCAAAUUGUGGAGCUCUUUGACCCUGUUAGGAUCCUACAAAGGCAAGAAAUGUGCUUUCAGAGUGAUUCAGGUUUCUCCAUUUCUCCUUGCAUUAUCUGGUAAUAGUAGGGAACUAGUAUUGAAUUGAAUAGUCUUCAGUUUCAGAAAUAUUCCUCACUCUCAAAGGUACUUUUUGGUGCCAGCAUAAUGUUUGAAGACUGAAGCAACCUAAAAGCUCCUGUUGAUGAAAUUUGAGGGCUCUGAAGAUGCUCCCAGCAAUUUCCACCCAUCGACUCUGGUGGGGUAGGCUUCAGAGGAGAAUCUGCCUGUCAAUGCCAAACAGGCAGCACUUAGAGCACAUGCACAUCAGAGUUGGAGACCAGGCUGAACUCAGCAGGGCCUUCACACAGAGGGAUGUGGCUACCUUCUCAGAAUUAACAGGGGAUGUCAAUCCUUUGCAUUUAGAUGAAGAUUUUGCAAAACACACCAGGUUUGGAAAGACAAUUGUACAUGGAGUUUUGAUCAACGGACUUAUUUCAGCUCUCCUGGGUACUAAAAUGCCAGGGCCAGGCUGUGUAUUUCUUUCCCAGGAAAUUAACUUUCCAGCGCCCUUAUAUACUGGGGAAGUUGUUUUAGCUUCUGCGGAAGUGAAAAGGCUGAAGCGGCUCGUUGCUAUUAUUGCAGUGUCAUGUUUUGUACCAGAAAGUAAAAAGACUGUUAUGGAA